CCGUUUCCGUUAUAUGUUUUGGAUAAUGCUUGGUCCAUUUAGUUCCUUAAAGCAUCACAUUUUCUCCCGGGUGGUUGAUCUGAUCCCUAACAAUGUUCUUAAUCAAAAACAGCUUAAACAGCUCACAGAAAGCCCUGGCUCCGGGGUAGACGGAAAGAAGUCCGGAUCAUCUCCGGAGUCUAAAGCCCCCGCAGCCCCCGUGACUCCUGCCUUACUGCAGACGCGCUCUUCCGCUCGUAUCUUCUUACUUCCACACCUGUCCGUGGCGAGUCAAAAGGUCCUCGGUCCCUCCUCACGUCCUGUCAGGAGAACCCGUCUGACAGGUAGGCAAGGAGCAGCUGACAGGAUCACCUUCAGCAACACCCCGGUGCUCUGAGACCAGUACUACCCAGUCCGCUCGCCGAGGAGGAGAGCCGCGCCGGGAGGGAGACGCGAUCGCAAAGACAUUUUCUCAUAACAAAAAUAUGAUAUUACUCUUAUGAAGUGAGAGUAUGCGUUAUCACGGUUUUUCGUGAUAGUCGGUUUGACUGCGUCUGGUUAAAUGCCAACUGGAACCACUCGUGCCGUUCAUUGCUGUCUGACGAAGACACUGUUAGGAGCGUUUCUCGGUACUCCUCGGCAGCAUCGCCCUUGUCAUGCUUCUAUCAUCCCAUUUGGAAGUAACGGGGAUAUGCAGGUACCUCCCCAGGCCUGUCACCCUAGCCCUCUGCAGCGCCGUCCUAAUGUACUACCUAUGGGCUCGCAAAUGCCAGGCACCGGUGCUGGUGUGUAGUGAUGCGUUCCGGGGUUUCCUCCACAAGCAUUGCCCCGCAGUGGUUCACCGCUUCUGUCCCACGCCCUGGUGCUGGGGUGGACGGCUCCAGACGCUGCUCCCGCUGCUCAUCAAGUCCAAACCCCGUGUCACCUACCGCAAUGAGGCGCUAAGGACGGCUGAUGGCGGUCGAAUCUCCCUGGACUGGGUGGACAACGUGUCCAGCGAGGCCUACCCUUCGUCCGCCACGCGCCCUACGGUCCUCAUCCUGCCCGGGCUGACUGGGAACAGCCAGCAGCUCUACGUGUACCACGUGGUCAGCCAGGCCACUCGACGUGGAUACAGGUGUGUGGUCUUCACCAACCGAGGCUUCGAUGGUGAGGAGCUUCUGACACCCUACACCUUCUGUGUUGCCAAUACUGCAGACCUGGAUCAUGUGAUCCUCCACGUUAAAGCUCUACUCCCCCAUGCCCCCUUGUUGGGCGUUGGGGUCUCUAUGGGCGGCAUGCUGGUGCUGAACUACCUUGCCGAUAAGGGCCCCCGGUCCGGCCUGGUGGCGGCCCUCACCCUGUCUGUCUGCUGGAACACCCAGAAGUCAGCCGAGUCGGUGGAGCGGCCAAUCAACUGGCUGCUCUUUAACCGCCAUCUGGCCGCCAACCUCUGCAACGCCAUCAGCAGGAACCGUAAGGUCUUGGACAAAGUGGUUGACAUAGACCAUGUGAUGAAGGCGCGUACCAUCCGUGAGUUCGACGAGCGCUUCACCUCUGUGGUGAACGGCUACAAGUCGUGCGCCGACUACUACAGCGAGGCCAACCCAGACAUCAAACUCCCCAGGACCGCCACACCCGUCCUCUGCCUCAACGCUGCUGAUGACCCCCUGUGUCCCGGGAGCAGCCUCCCCAUGGCGACGGUGCAGCACCUGACCAACAUCGCCCUCCUGGUGACGGCCCAUGGGGGCCACCUGGGCUUCCUGGAGGGCCUGCUGCCCCGGGGCGAGUGCUACAUGGACCGGCUGGCCGGCCAGUUCAUGCAGGCGGGCUUCGAGCACACAGAGGAGCUGGUGCAGGCCUGUGGCAGGCGGCAGGAGGUGGGUGCCUGACCCCCCGACCGGAUGGGUUUGGGUUAGGACCCAGGAACACACAGAAACAGCUUUAUUAGUAUGAUCAGUAUUAUUUUAUUUGUAGAAGUAGUAGUACUGGUAGUUACAGUAGUAGUAUUAUUAAUAUUUAUUUUAAGAUAUGAUUCUUUUGAUAUAAUUAUGAUAUAAUUAUUAUUUUUAUCAUUAUUAUUUUCUUUAAUUUUAUAAGUUGUGUUAUGAUAUUAUUAUGAUAUAAUAAUAGUGAUUUUUAUCAUUAUUUGUAUGAUUAUUAAUAUUAGGAGAUUUUUUUUAGAUUAUUAUGAUAAACCGGUAAUAAUAAUUAUAUUUAUCCUUAUUAUUUGUAUUAUUAUAAGUAGUAUAAUGAUAUAAUUAUGUUAUUCCUAUAAUUCUUAUAUUAUUAUUGUUAUUAUAUAUUCUUCAUGUUACACAACUUUCAUAGCGUCUUCGCUCAUGCAUUGUUUUACCUUAGUGGUAAACGGCCUGGUUUUGAGCUUCUGUCUCCACGCACAGAAGGAACCAUUCAGGUGCCUCAGAAUGUGAACUGUAGUGUCUGCAGUUCCCCACCGUCCAUCUCCCCACCAACACAACCUCAGAUUCACUGCUAUAAAGCCCUUUUUCCAUGAUUCUUUACACAAGCAGUUUGUUCGAUUUUACAGAGCGUUUUUAUUAAAUGCCAAUUUGGAUUGUGGGGUUCUGAUGUCAAUGCAAUUUAAUCGUCUUUAAUAAUUUUUCCAAAGAUGUCCUUGCUGUUCGUCAAUAUGUUCGCCAUUGUUUUUCUGUGACUUCAUGACAUUGACGAGACAUUAUGUCUUUCAUUGAAACAGAAUGCUGUAAUCAUUUAUUUUCCUUGUAAUGUUUGACAAAUAAUGUUUUCCUAGAAAUCAAAUAUCUAGGAAAUCGGCUAAUAAUUAACCCGUGUAUAAUACAUGUAUAUACUACGUGUUGAAUGUAUCGGUAGACACCAAAAUAAGUAUCUAAUAUAAAUAUGGUAUUUACAUUAAUUAUUAAUAAAAUAAAUGAUUUAGUGAAAGGUACACAUAUUCUCCUUAGUUUGACCACUGUGGCCUUUCUCAGGGUUUUAUUCUCUUGUAUAUCAUCCACAGUACUGCAUUUACGACCAUGAAUGUGUGCCUCUGUCACCAUGGCUGCUGUUUUGCUCUGUUUAUUCGUGCACAUUUUGUCGUGCCAGACUUUGCAAGAGGAAGUACAACUCAUUAUAGCCUAUUGGAAGGGGAAGUGAGAUACUAGGAAGCUGUCAAAUGUUUGCACUACCAGUUGUCACGGGCAUUAUAACCACUUCAGAAUCAUGCGAUUCCGUCCUGCAUUAUGUGUUUAUUUUUGUAACAAAUGAAAUACACCAGCCCUGCUAAUGCCUAUAAACCAUUGCAAUAUCAAUCCCAGCUUGGCAGCACUUGAAUGAACUUCUCUCACAAUGACCACUAUUUGUCAUGUGUAAAAAUGUAAAAAAUAUUAAACUGUAAACUAUUUAACUGAAAUAAAAUAAGAAUCAUA